AUGGAUGUCUUCUCUUCUUUGGGGAAGUUAUCCCGAAUAUCGGAAGCUGAUGAUUACAAAUGCGACGGGACAAUUAAUGGAAGUUCGUUCGCUAGCUUUGGAUCUUUGACCGAUAGUUACUCGUCGUGUUACGCAGAAGAUUACUUCAAGAGUGAUGAGCUGGAUGAUAGUGAUCGAGCACCUUUUGUCGAUCAUUUUCAGAACAACAAUCAGAUUGAGGAACGUCCUGGAGAUUCUUCACACCACUUAUUAAGUGUACCGAAGACUAAAGCUCAUGAUCAAACGGAUGCUAAGAAGAAAUUAUUGCAUUUUGAAGAUACGGUUCCUUGCAAAGUUCGUGCAAAGCGCGGUUGUGCCACUCAUCCACGUAGCAUAGCCGAGAGGGUGAGAAGGACAAGAAUCAGUGAAAGAAUAAGAAAGUUACAAGACAUUGUUCCAAACAUGGAUAAACAAACAACCACAGCAAAGAUGUUGGACUUUGCUGUUGAGUACAUAAAAGACCUACAGAAACAGUACAAGGCUCUAAUCGAAACUCGCGCGAGCUGCAAAUGUUCGGAGUCUGCGAAGGUGAAUUUAAAUGAAGCAUUCUGA